GAAUAGGUGUAAAACGUAACGCGCAGUACCCGGUUAACGGUAACCGCUGCCUCGCUCCGAAAACGAGACGUACAAAAAUUCGUCGAGAGAAUUCUCGAAGUGAAAUAAAGUUCGAAAAAAGGACCCGACUCCACCUCCUAAAAACUCCGUUAUUUUACCCGGAGAAGGAGAGUUCCUCGUGGUCGGUGUGAAAAAGGACACGUUAGUCGGGAAGUGCCGAAAUAUACCGAACCCGUGCCACGCAUGGUUUCAAAACCCGUAGAGCUGCGAAUUUUUUUUAUCAACGUACGGCCGCUGGGCCGUAGUACGUACGGAUCGGCCUUGUCCUUCUCUGUGACAGAAAAGUGGGGUCCGAGUUACGUUCCCAAGCGUAGACACGACGUUGUGCGUGCGUGUGUACGGUUUCGUCCGCGAAAGGAGGCCAGUUAGUCAGUUCCUCGUGUCGUCUUGCGGACGCGGGGCGUUGUCGUUUCGGUAAUACGAUCGGUUGUUUCGAAUCAAAGAUAAAAAAAAAAUCAAAAAGAAAAAUUCAAUCCGUCGCGAUCACGAUUUUUUGACGUUGCGAUCGGCGCUGAUCGGUAGUCAUCCGUCGUAUCCGGGGUGGCCAUGGACAGACCGAAAAGGCAGCUCGGCGUCGAGCCUCAAACUCCGCCUCCGAUGUACUCGUCGGUGGUGGGUCCGAGUACGAAGGAGUACACGCUGGUGCCGGGUGGUCAAAAAAUUUCGACCAUCGUCGAAGCACCGAGCGCGACGGCACCGUAUCCAGAUAAGCCAGUCGUCGGAUUCGCGCCGUAUCCAGUUUCCGUGCCAACGGCGCACAGGAGUACGAGUUACCUUCCGCACACCGUGAGACGCGAGUAUCAGAGACCGUUUCCCGAUCGGGUGUGCGUUCCGGAUACCUACGGCUUCGCGUCGGACGUCAUCGGGGUCAGAAGACCGUCUCUGGAAAAAGCUAGGAAAUGGAAUUGGCGGGUUCAGGGAAACUACAAGGAAGAGUCACCGAUGUUCUGCGUGAUACUCGUAUGCUGCGUUUUGAUAGUUCUCUUGACGUUGUUGGGAGUGUCGAUUCAGUUGAGCAAAAGGUACGGAGGUCUGUGAUCCGCGAGAGGAAAUAUCAACGUCGCGGUUUCGAGGAUUCCGAAGACGAUUUCGCGAGCGAGCCGGUACCGGUGUUUUCGGAGAUCCGAAAAACUUGCGAGUCACGAGUCCCGACUGCGCAGCUUUAUUUCCGACCGGUCGAAAAGGCCGAAACAUUUUUUCAUAUUUUUAACAUUAACGAUAAGUAGGAGAGUGUAAGCGGCUUCGGGGGAUAUCGAUCCCGUGAGUCUGAAUUAAUAAACUAGAGAAGAACCUCGUCAUCAAAA